UAGAAGUCUCGUGAAGGCGUGUCCUGAAUUGGCCGGUCGCAAGUUGUAGAAGUUCAAUCGAGGGCGAUGUCGCAAGCUGAUGGUUCUCCGGCGGCCGCGGCUUCUCCCGGCAAUGACUGGAGAGUGGCUGUCCAGCAAUCCUAUCGCAAUGGUGAAGUCCGCGAGAUAGCCUCAGUCUUGGCUUCACUGGAGCCCGGUGCGUCCCAAUCAUCCAAGCUUCGACUCGCGAUGCAAUUCGAAGACGCUGUUUUUAAAGGAGCCACUUCAUUGGCAGAUUAUAGAAAAAAGCUGACGAAGCGUUUAAAGAAAGUGCAAAAAACGUACGUCCCAACGGAACCAACGGCCUCUACUCAGACCGAGAAAGAACUGCUGACGCUGCGAACAAAAUAUGGAGACGCCUUGCGAUACAUUCUGCAGCAUUCCGAGAAAUCUAUUGAAGAAAUGCACUCUCGCUACGGAGAAGAAAAAGGAAACCAAUUCAAGCAGCACAUCGACGGAGUCCGCGUUUGGAUGUCGGAUCUUGGACUGCUCGAAAACACUCAGCUCAACGUGACAAUGUCGGACCAGCACUUGGAAAAGCUGAAAUCACACCUGGAACGACGGGUGGAAAACAUUAGAUCCCACGUUGUCAAAUUAGCUGAUCCUAAUCAAUUCUUGAAAGAAACCUUGGAAAUGACGGAAAAAAACUGUCAAGGCAAGGCCUCACGGAUUCUGGCGGUGGAUACCAGGAAACGAUUCGAACAGUUGCAAAAGAAACAUGUCGACCCACUCGUAAUACUGCAAGACUCGAUUGCCCGAGCCCAGGCAUCUGUUCCGAUACCAACUCGAACACAGAAUAACGAUGAGCAUGCUGCGUUGGUGCACCUGGACAAAAUGCGAGCGGCUUCAACUACGGUAUUGGCCUUCAUGAUGAUGGUAGAUAAGAGCGCUGUUCCACGGCAAACUCUCACCAAAGCGCAUACGGUCGCAGUCGAAGGCAUAGAUUUUGUGCGUAAAGUCAUGGCAACGCACCGCAAGAAUACAAAAGAAUCCGACGUGACUUUGGAAGACGCCUGGACAAAGCCGCUAGAUAUACCGACGUCGAGCGUAGAACCAGCUUUGGAGGAGGACGGCUCACCAUUGCCUAAACGCCCCAAACUACAGCCUCGAAAAAUUGUCGUUCGUACUGAAGUUUUAUUGACUCCAGGCCGCAAAGUGCCUUCCAACCUGUUGGCUGCGUUGAAGCGGAAAAGAGCCAGGCUGGUCCGCCCGCCCCCGGAUGGCCAAGGCUCUCAUCUAAUUUUAGAGUUUGGGGAGGCUUUUGUCAUGACUAUUUAUAUGGCCCCGCUUCUGGUUUCACUCAAAGCUUAUUCCAAAAAUCCUCCGGGCGAGAGCCAUUCAUGUGUCCAAUCAGCCUCUUGGACGGCUACGCACGAAGAAUUGAGAGACUGGCAGGGGGAUUUGUCGGUAUGGGGUACGAAGGGACCGUAUGAAAUUUUGGGCCACGUCGUCGAGGAACGCUUGCGAGACGCUUCGGCUCACGCCACAUAUGUGUUGCGAGCUUGCUUUGGCAAGGCUUCAAAGGAAAACGCGGGGGAGUUUGAGCGAGAGAUUCUGGAGGCAACGGCGCUGCUGGAAUUUUUGCAAAUAGUGCGGACUUCCUACGUCCCAAACUGGGAAGACUCGGACGUUUAAUGGCUG